GCGUAAUCUACUGUAGCUUGUUACAGCAAGUACUAAUGCAGUCAAACAAUUGAGAAACGUUCUUAAUCUCUUGAUCCUGAUAAGAUGUUCUUUAGGAAGCAUUUAAGGAUGAAUUUUGGGUGGAUAGUGCUUAUGAUCAUGGUGAAUAAUGGAGUCCAGGCCUGGACAUACCAUUACAACGAAAACAACAAAAUGGAGUGGGAAAUGGCUCGCAAGUGGUGCAGGCAGCAUUUUACUGACAUGGUGGCCAUCCAGAACAAGGAAGAGGUCAAGCACCUCAACCAGAUUUUACCCUACCAUAACUCUUACUACUGGAUUGGCCUUAGAAAAAUAGCUGGCCAUUGGACGUGGGUGGGAACAAUGAAGCCCCUUUCACCCAUGGCAGCCAACUGGGCAAGAAAUGAACCUAAUGACAAGGGAGCUAAUGAGGACUGCGUGGAGAUCUACAUCAAAAGGCAAGAGGACUCAGGCAUGUGGAAUGAUGACAAAUGCAGCAAAAAAAAAACAGCACUCUGUUACACAGCCUCAUGUUUUGAAAGGUCAUGCAGUGAGCAUGCUGAGUGUGUGGAGAACAUUGGAAACUACACAUGCAAGUGUAAUGCAGGGUUCACAGGACCCCGCUGUAAUGAAGCUGUAAAGUGUGUCGUGGUUAAAAAUCCAGAGCAUGGUUUUGUGCAAUGUAACCAUGUUUAUGGAGACUUUCGUUUCAAUUCUUCCUGCCAUUUCCACUGUGCCCGUGGCUACAUAAUACAGGGUUCACAAUAUCUACACUGCUUGUCAUCAGGGAAGUGGGAUAGUGAUCCUCCUCAGUGCCAGGUUGUUGAAUGUCCUCCAAUUACCACUAGAACCAGUGGUUGGAAUAUGACAUGCAGUCAUCCUCUGCACACAAACAGCUACAACUCUACAUGUAAGUUCAGCUGUGAAGAGGGCUUUGAGCUGAGAGGUUCAAAAACAACCCAGUGUGAUCACACCGGAAAGUGGACACACAACACCCCAACUUGCACAGCUGUGUCCUGUAAGCCGCUUGUGAGCCCACAGAAGGGUAACAUGACCUGCACUGAUCAACUGGGAAAUUUCUCGUACCGUUCAUCGUGUGCUGUGAGCUGUGAGGAAGGAUACACACUGAGAGGACAGAACACACUCACCUGCCUCAAGACCGGCAACUGGUCAGCAGAAACACCAUCAUGUGAAGCUGUGACCUGUAAUCCGCCUGUGAGCCCUCAGAAGGGUAACCUGACCUGUAUAAAUCCAGUGGGAAAUUUCUCGUACCGUUCAUCGUGUGUUGUGAGCUGUGAGGAAGGAUACACACUGAGAGGAGAGAACACACUCACCUGCCUCAAGACUGGCAACUGGUCAGCAGAAACACCAUCAUGUGAAGUUAUAAGGUGCAACGCUCUCGGUUCUGUUCAUCGUGGCUCCAUGCAUUGUACAGACUUGUUGGAAAAGUUCGCUUAUGGCUCCAUUUGUCAGUUUGAGUGUGAUGUUGGCUUUCUCUUGAUGGGUUCAAAUCACACCCACUGUGGCUCAGAGGGGAAGUGGACCCACAAUCCUCCAGUGUGUCAAGUGGUACAGUGUCCUCGUCUACCUGCUCAAUUCGAUGAUGGGAAAAUGAACUGCAUUCAUCCCCUCUCCACCAACAGCUACAACUCCACCUGUGUGUUUAACUGUGAUGAGGGAUAUAAGCUCAUAGGUUCCUAUAAAACUCAGUGUGAUCACACUGGACAGUGGACACCCAAGCGCCCAACUUGCAAAGCUGUUACCUGUGACCAGAUUGUGACCCCCACAAAUAGUCACAUGACCUGCACUGAUCCACUGGGAAAUUUCUCGUACCGUUCAUCGUGUGCUGUGAGCUGUGAGGAAGGAUACACACUGAGAGGACAGAACACACUCACCUGCCUCAAGACCGGCAACUGGUCAGCAGAAACACCAUCAUGUGAAGCUGUUACCUGUGACCAGAUUGUGAUCCCAGUAAAUAGUCACAUGACCUGCAUUGAUCCAGUGGGAAAUUUCUCGUACCGUUCAUCGUGUGCUGUGAGCUGUGAGGAAGGAUACACACUGAGAGGACAGAACACACUCACCUGCCUCAAGACUGGCAACUGGUCAGCAGAAACACCAUCAUGUGAAGUUAUAAGGUGCAACGCUCUCGGUUCUGUUCAUCGUGGCUCCAUGCAUUGUACAGACUUGUUGGAAAAGUUCGCUUAUGGCUCCAUUUGUCAGUUUGAGUGUGAUGUUGGCUUUCUCUUGAUGGGUUCAAAUCACACCCACUGUGGCUCAGAGGGGAAGUGGACCCACAAUCCUCCAGUGUGUCAAGUGGUACAGUGUCCUCGUCUACCUGCUCAAUUCGAUGAUGGGAAAAUGAACUGCAUUCAUCCCCUCUCCACCAACAGCUACAACUCCACCUGUGUGUUUAACUGUGAUGAGGGAUAUAAGCUCAUAGGUUCCUAUAAAACUCAGUGUGAUCACACUGGACAGUGGACACCCAAGCGCCCAACUUGCAAAGCUGUUACCUGUGACCAGAUUGUGACCCCCACAAAUAGUCACAUGACCUGCACUGAUCCACUGGGAAAUUUCUCGUACCGUUCAUCAUGUGCUGUGAGCUGUGAGGAAGGAUACACACUGAGAGGACAGAACACACUCACCUGCCUCAAGACCGGCAACUGGUCAGCAGAAACACCAUCAUGUGAAGCUCGACAGUGCCCUUUGCUGUCCAGUCCAGAGAAAGGCUGGAUGAAUUGUUCUCACCCUCACUCCCCCUUCAGUUAUGGCUCACACUGUAGUUUUGGAUGUGAUAUUGGCUACAUGCUGAGAGAGGAAUCUCAGCUGGACUGCACUUCAGCUGGAACCUGGAAUCAAGAGACACCUUCUUGUCAAGUUGUUCAGUGUGAAUCCCUCUUCCCGGCACUUCUUUCACAAUCGGAUACCAAUCCAGUCCCUUUUAUAAACUGUUCCCAUCCAAGAGGCAACUUCAGCUUUGGCUCCGUUUGUGUGUUCAGAUGUCCUGAAGGCUACAGACUGAAUGGAACUACUGACCUCAUCUGCACUUCUACUGGGCUGUGGACUGAUCUGCUGCCUACCUGUAUUAUUCAGAGCAUGACAUUAGGCACUGGCUUGCUUGUAUAUGGUGCAAUCGGUGCAGCAUCAGCACUCGGCCUGCUGCUGAUGGGUGGAGUUGUCAUGCUGGUAAUGCGGCAGUUCAGAAAGGAUACAUUUACUCCGGAUUACUCAGCCUGGGAUGGAGCUCUAAAUCCAGUAUUUGAAGAAAAUUAACCAUUUUAAGGGAAGCAUGCAAUACUUUAUUAUAUACUAGGACAAGAGAUAAUAAUUUCUGUAAUUCUGAUUGGAUGAAUUGAUCAUUUAUAUUCAUGAGAAUCUGAAAUUUUGAUAAAGGAGCAGUUUUUGAACCAAGGUUUUGAUUUUGUGUGUUUCUACAAAAAAAAAAGGUAAUGCAUUGGGUAUUGUAAUUUAUGGCUAAAAAAUGGUUCUUUAAUAACUCCACAUAUGCAAACUUAUUAACCAGAAAAUGUAUUAUACAGAAAGAAGAUGAUUAUUGUAUUAGGGGACAAAAAAUAAUGUUAUGCAUCUAUGAGUUACUCUAAAAGACAUUUAACAGUAACUCACAUUCAGCUCUGUGUCAGGAUUCAGAUUGGAUUUGCCAGAAAAGAUGUAGGCUGUGAAUAGAAAUUUUAGGAGUGGAGUAACUGCCAUAUCACAUGUAACUGCCAUACAACGUGCACCUGGUUAUCCUUAUGUGACAAUCUCAUCAAAUACUAUAAAGAAACAGAGUGAAAUUAAUGCAGCAAAAAGACAGAAACGAAACAAAAGACAACAAAGACAGAGAGCAAGGAAAAAGGAAGCUGUGGAAAAUAAACUAAAAGAAAUGGGUAAAUUGUUAUAUGACAUAAAGAAAUUGAAUAUAUCUGAUUAAAACUGUGAAGAAAAGGACCUACAACAGAAGGAACCUGAGCCAACCCAAAGAGGAACAGACACUGUACCUAGACAGUUGGAUCAAGACCCAUCAUCUUGCAGAAAGAAGACUAUAGAAUUGUUAUGCUUCAUUUACCUUUAUAUGAACUUUCUUUUCCGUUUUAUAGAAUGAUAAGUUUCAUUUACUUUUAUAUAUGAAUUUAUGUAACCAUUGUGUGAUUAAGAAAUGAUAUAAUGUUUGAUAGUAUGUUUAGAUAUUAAGACAGAAAGUAACAAUGAAAGCUUAAAAAAGAAAUCACGAGUUCUGUAUCAGCAGCUUUGUAAGAAUACACAGUCAGCCCGUGCAGCUUAGGAGACUUAUCAGGAUGUUUUGCAGAAGCAUGAGAUCAUCAGAGACCUGAUAGAAUGCUGACAGAAGCAGAAUGACAAUUAUGAGAUCAUACUAAGAAAUGUAAUAAGUAGGGUUUUAGAACCAGUUAUCGGUGUGCAUUCACCUUGAGGCGAGCUCAUUGUGUUAUACUCUGUUAUUGCUUAUAGAGGGUGCAUCAGGAGAACAAACGCAGGCUUACACUUGGAGAGUGUUUCCUGGUUUGUUUUAUCUUUGCAUUUUAUUUCUUUCUACUUACGCUAGAAUUGUUUGACUAUUUGAAGGAUAUUUUGUUUGUAAUUUUCUUUUCUUUUACCUUACAUAUAUUACACAUAUCUAUUUGUAUUACACUGCUUUUAAUAAAAACAAGGCCUCCCAUUGUGAGGAUCCUGAAAAGACAAAAAGGUCUAAGUCUGACUCCUUCAUCUAAAGGUUCAAUCAAUAGAAUAGGUAGAAGAACUUGGAUCAGAACCUUUGUUAGAAGA